GUCUUCUUCCAGCUGGAUAACGAGCUCCGCCCGACAGGCGGGGGAAGAGGCAGAGCCGGGCGAGAGGGUUGAAGAUCAACUGGAUUAUGUAUUUCGUUCUGGAAUUUCAAAGCAGUCCACAAACAGUAAAUUCUUCCUUAUGUUGUCUAUGUCAGGGGGAACUAUAUUUUUAACAACAAAAAUCAGUAACUGGAAGUACAAGAUUGUUUUUUUUAAUAAUGCUAAAGUGAAGUUUUGAUCAGCAGAGGUGCUGUAACCAGAUUUGCCUUCUGGGUGUAAAUUGAAAAUGACUGAAGUUCAAGCAAUGGUAGAAUUCUCUGUGGAGCUAAACAAGUUCUACAACGUGGAUUUAUUUCAGAGAGGUUUUUACCAGAUUCGGGCAUCUAUGAAAAUUCCACCAAGAAUUCCCCACAGAGUAGAAGCUAGUUUGUUACAUGCAACAGGUAUGACUUUAGCCUUUCCAGCUUCAGUUCAUGAUUCUCUGAUUUGCAGUAAAACAUUUCAAAUUCUGUACAAAAAUGAAGAGGUUGUUUUAAAUGAUGUUAUGAUCUUCAAAGUUAAAAUGUUGUUGGAUGAAAAAAAGAUUGAAGAAACACUUGAGGAAUUGAAUUUUCUCUUAUCCUUGGAUCUACACUUCACAGAUGGAGAUUAUUCGACAGAUGAUCUGAAUGCCUUGCAGUUAAUAAGUAGCCGAACAUUGAAGCUGCACUUUAGCCUCCAUAGAGGCCUUCAUCAUCAUGUUAAUGUUAUGUUUGAUUAUUUCCACCUUUCUGUUGUAUCUAUUACAGUCCAUGCAUCAUUGGUUGCACUACACCAGCCACUGAUAAGCUUUCCUCGCCCUGUGAAGACUACUUGGUUAAAUAGAAAUGCACCAGCACAAAACAAAGAUUCUGUGAUUCCUACUCUUGAAAGUGUGGUCUUUGGUAUUAACUACACAAAACAGUUAUCACCAGAUGGUUGCAGCUUCAUCAUUGCAGAUUCCUUCCUACAUCAUGCCUAUCAUUUACAUUAUACUCUUUGUGCCACUUUGCUGCUAGCCUUCAAGGGAUUGCACAACUACUUCAUUACGGUAACAGAAGAGAUUCCCUCUUGUCAGAAACUAGAACUGGAGGAAAUGGAUGUAGAAGCUCGACUUACUGAACUAUGUGAAGAAGUUAAGAAAAUAGAAAAUCCUGAUGAACUGGCAGAACUGAUAAAUAUGAAUCUGGCACAACUUUGCUCACUUCUGAUGGCUUUAUGGGGACAGUUUCUGGAAGUUAUAACACUACAUGAAGAACUAAGAAUAUUAUUAGCACAAGAGCAUCAUACUUUGAGGGUACGCAGAUUUUCUGAGGCAUUCUUUUGUUUUGAACAUCCAAGAGAAGCUGCUAUUGCAUACCAGGAACUUCAUGCUCAGAGUCAUCUACAGAUGUGCACCGCUAUCAAAAAUACUUCCUUCUGCAGUUCUCUUCCACCCCUACCUAUUGAAUGUAGUGAAUUAGAUGGAGAUCUCAAUUCAUUACCUAUAAUCUUUGAAGAUAGGUAUUUAGAUUCAGUUAUGGAAGACUUAGAUGCGCCCUGGAUGGGAAUUCAGAAUCUUCAGAGAUCAGAGUCCAGUAGAAUGGAUAAAUAUGAAACUGAAGAAAGCUCUGUAGCAGGACUUUCUAGCCCAGAGUUGAAAGUCAGACAUGCUGGUGCCUCCAAUAUUUGGUAUACAGAAGGUGAAAAGCAGCUAACAAAAUCUCUAAAAGCAAAGAGUGAAGAAUCAAAUAAAUCCAAGGUUAAGGUUACUAAGCUCAUGAAAACAAUGAAAUCUGAGAACACAAAAAAAUUAAUAAAACAGAACUCUAAGGAUUCUGUGAUUUUGGUAGGCUACAAAUGUUUGAAAAGUACACCAUCAAAUGAUCUCACUAAAUGCUUUGAAGGCAAUCCUUCACAUAGUCAGAAAGAAGGUCUGGAUCCCACAAUAUGUGGAUAUAAUUUUGACCCAAAGACCUACGUCAGACAGACAAGUCAAAAGGAAGCUAGCUAUUUACCAACUAAUACAGAGAGAACUGAUCAGAAGUCUCCAGAUAUUGAAAAUAUGCAGCCAGACCAGUUUGAUACUUUGAACUCUGGCAGCCUAAAUCUUUGUGCAAAUUUGUCCAUUUCAGGUAAACUUGAUAUCUCCCAGGACGAUAGUGAAAUUACGCAAAUGGAGCACAAUCUGGCAUCCAGAAGUUCAUCAGAUGAUUGCCGUGAUCAUCAAACAACCCCAUCUUCAGGAGUUAGAAGAAUUGAAGUAAAGCCCAGUAACAAAGAUCCGUUCAGUGGAGAGAAAAUAACUGUUAAAAUAGGACCUUGGACAGAGCUUCAACAAGAUGAAAUAUUUGUGGAUAAUUCAUUACCCAACUUUGAUUCCUUAGAAUCUAAUGGUAAAUCUAAAUCUGUAGAAAUAACACUUGAAAAGGAAGCUUUGCAAGAAGCUAAGUGUCGUUCUAUUGGAGAAUCAUUAGCUAAAUUAAGAAGUAAUCUACCUGCUGCUUCUACAAAAGAAUAUCAUGUUGUAGUAAGUGGAGAUACAAUUAAGUUACCAGACAUUAAUGCUACAUAUGCCUCAUCUAGAUUUUCAGAUUCUGGUGUUGAAAGUGAACCAAGUUCUUUUGCAACACAUCCAAACCCUGAUACAGUGUUUGAAACUGUGCAAGGGCAAGGUCCUUACAGUAAUGAAAGAUUAUUUCCUCAGCUUUUGAUGAAAACUGAUUGUAAUGUAAAAUUUUCACUAGGAAGUCAUUGCACUGAGAGUACAAGUGCUUUAAGUGAAAUACAGUCGUCUUUGACAUCCAUAAACUCUCUCCCUUCUGAUGAUGAACUGUCACCUGAUGAAAGUUCUAAGAAAUCUUUUGUACCUGAAUGCCAUCUUAGCGAUAACAAAACUGUAUUAAAUCUAGUAACAAUUGAUUUGCCAAAAUGUGACAACAUUAAAAAAUCAAGUGUUAUUUUGCAACAGCAGAGUGUUGUAUUUUCAGGGCAUUUGGACAAUGAAUCUUUAGCAAUACAUUCCUUAAAUUCAAGCAUUAAAGACUGUUUACAAUUUGCUUUUUCAGAUGAAGAUACUUCCAGUGAUGUGAAAAGUAGUUGCAGCCCCAAACCUAACUUGGACACUAUGUGUAAAGCCUCCCAGAGUGCUGAUAAAUCUAGUAACUCUGCAGGGAUGGCAGUUACAUUAAAUUCAAAACUGAUUUGUUUAGGCACUCCUUGUGUCAUUCCAGGUUCCAUUUCUACUAAUACAGACGUAAGUGAAGAUAGAACUGUGAAAAGAAAGAAUAGUGAUGCGUUAAAUCCCAAACAAAUAUAUUCAGAAGUCCCCACAGUUGAAAGUGAAACUUAUCUGUGUACAAGUGACCCUUUUUCAGCCAGUGCUGACAUGGUAAAGCAAGGGCUUGUGGAAAAUUAUUUUGGUUCUCAAAGCAGUACGGAUGUUUCUGACACAUGUGCUGUUAGCUACAACAAUUCAGUCAGCCCUCAGAAGGAAACUUCUGAAAAAGAAAUUAGUAAUCUUAAGCGGGAACAGGGUAAAGAGGAGGAAGAGGAAGAACAGGAUCAACAAAUGGUUCAAAAUGGGUAUUAUGAAGAAACAGAUUAUUCAACUUUGGAUGGAACAGUAAAUGCUCACUAUACAAGCAGAGACGCACUAGCAGAAGAAAGACUUACAAAAUCUGAAAAAAUAAGCAAUGAAUAUCUGAGGGAUGGUAUAAAUAUGCCUACUGUUUGUGCUUCUGGUUGUUUAUCCUUCCCAUCUGCACCACGAGAGUCUCCUUGUAGUGUUAAAUAUUCUUCUAAAAGUAAAGUUGAUGCCAUUACAAAGCAGCCAAGCAGCACUUCUUACAACUUGACAUCUUCAGUUUCCUGGUAUGAAAAUUCACCAAAACCUCAAAUACAAGCCUUCCUUCAGGCAAAAGAAGAAUUGAGGCAACUGAAACUCCCUGGGUUCAUGUACAGUGAUGUUCCUCUGCUGGCAUCCUCAGUACCUUAUUUUAGUGUGGAAGAAGAGGAUGGUUCUGAAGAUGGAGUACAUCUCAUUGUCUGUGUGCAUGGUUUAGAUGGUAACAGUGCAGAUCUUCGAUUAGUAAAAACUUAUAUUGAACUUGGACUGCCUGGGGGAAGAAUUGAUUUUCUUAUGUCUGAGAGAAAUCAGAAUGACACUUUUGCUGAUUUUGAUAGCAUGACUGAUCGCCUUUUGGAUGAGAUAAUACAAUAUAUUCAGAUAUAUAGUCUAACUGUCUCAAAAAUAAGCUUUAUUGGACAUUCGUUGGGCAAUUUAAUAAUCCGUUCAGUGCUUACAAGGCCAAGGUUUAAAUAUUACCUCGACAAACUUCAUACAUUUCUGUCUCUUUCUGGACCUCACCUUGGUACGCUCUACAAUAGCAGUGCUCUUGUUAAUACAGGUCUGUGGUUUAUGCAGAAAUGGAAAAAAUCAGGUUCUCUUUUGCAACUGACAUGUCGAGAUCACUCAGACCCUCGCCAGACUUUCUUAUAUAAGCUUAGUAAUAAAGCAGGGCUUCAUUAUUUCAAAAAUGUUGUGCUGGUGGGCUCUCUACAAGAUCGCUAUGUUCCUUAUCACUCUGCCCGCAUUGAAAUGUGCAAAACAGCCUUAAAGGACAAACAGUCAGGACAGAUCUAUUCAGAAAUGAUCCACAACUUGCUUCGCCCAGUUCUGCAAAGCAAGGACUGUAAUUUGGUUCGAUAUAAUGUCAUCAACGCAUUGCCCAAUACAGCUGAUUCACUCAUUGGGAGAGCUGCACAUAUAGCUGUUCUUGAUUCAGAAAUAUUUUUAGAGAAAUUCUUUCUGGUUGCUGCCCUCAAAUAUUUCCAGUAGGGUAAAAGCAUUGUUAGAGACUUGACAAUUACCUCAUUCAACAAUGAUUCAAAUAAUGUAUUAUAUUAAAAUGUAAAUGCUAAUAAGUUCUAAGAAAUAUUUAUACCUUUUUAUAUGGAAGAUAAUUUAUAUCAUCCAUGUUUAGAGCUUUUUAAAACAUCAACUUUACUUUCUAGGUAAUGUGGCUGUGCAAUAUUUUUUUAAUUUUAUCUUUUUACUUUUCUAUUACUUUUUCAUAUAUUUUGCUACCUAAGUAUUUCAGUGAAACUUUAAGCACAUAUGUGUGUGUCUGAUUGUUUAUUAUUGCCUUUUCACAAUCCUUACAUCAGACUACAUCAUAUUAGAGGCCAUUAGUGCUGGAAUAGCAUGGGAUUUUAAAUUUUCUAGUAUUGGGGUAUUAUUUAGUUAAUUAUAAAUCUUACUUUUAACAUUUUACUGUGUUUUAACUGGAAAUAAAGUUAUGGCUGCUAAAAUAUAUUUUUUGAAAUCAAUUUCUUUUAGUCCUAAAAUAUACCUUUAUCAUCUGAUCAAACCAGGCAGUUCAUAUGUGAUAAUGUUAUAGAAGUUUUCUAUUAAGUCAUUACUGUUGCUGUUAAACAUGUCAUACCUAUUACAGUAUAUUUUCUACUGGUGAUUUCAACAUUAUUUCUCAUAUUGACUUUUAUUACUGGAACUUUACUUGUUCAUGUUAGCAGCAUAUAAAGAUUUUUUAAUAUUUGUCCUCUGCUUUGAUUUGGUUGGCAUUUUGCUAAAUUUGGUAAUGUUGCUUGAACUUUCUGACUAUAUUUCUUUAACUUUUUUCAUGGACUUUCUUAUAUGUACAUAGUAAUUAAAUGUUGGAAUUCAUGAAGUACUUUUAUGAAUUUAGAUAAUUUUUAAAUAUUAAAAUUUACUGAACUAAAGGAUAAUGUAAAUAAAAUUAUUUGUGUUAAAAGUGGAACAAAAUAAUUAACUUUACAUGUUUGGUGAUGUAGAUGCAAAUGUUUGAUAUAUGGAGAUGUUGAGACUUGACUUUACUAAAGGUGCUGAGUAGCAUUAAAUUCACUAUUUUUCUUUCCUGUUUUACUUGUGAAAAUAAUAAUGCACUAAGGGUGACUAGAAGGUCUGUUUGCCUUCACCAAUUGUGAUGACGGAAGAUUUUUGUAAGUAUGUAUUGUACAAUUGAUGCAUGCUUAUUUUUAGCAUCGUGUUAUUGCCUCUGAUGUUAAUAAAUGAACAAAUGACUAUCUAGAGGAGCAGCUAAAA